AUGGCAACAUCCUCAGAAUUUAGUGAUAGUUUCUGCGAUAAAAAACCAGAAAGAGAGCCAGAACAAACUGAUGAAAACCCAAUAGAUAUAUCAGUAGUACCUGAUACUUGUAAUGAAGAAAGUCCUAAAAGCGUAGAUGAAAUUCAAGCUAAAAUAAGUGAGGUUCAAAAUGAUAUCGAUAAAAAACUUCAAGAACUUUGCCAUCCGCCAGAAGAUAUUUCUCAGAGUGAGGUCUCACAAAUAAAAGAAGAAUAUUUAAACCUUGUUAAAGAAUUAAAUGGAUUAGUUAUUAAAUAUAAUAAAAAGACUAAUGGAAUGACAGAUGGAACUGAAAAAAGAAAAGACGUUGUUGUUGUUGCUGAUCCAAAUGAAAGAUUUGUUGAUAUAUUUCAUGGUAAACCAGUGAAGUUAUUCUUAGAUACUCUUAGUAGUUAUAAAAUUAUAUUUCCACGUAUCCAAUAUUGUAAAACACUAAAUUCAUCAACAAAUAUAUACAAACAACUUUUUGGACAGAAAGAUUUUGGUGUAUUUUGUGUUACUAAGUAUGGAAAUGUUUUUGGUAUAUUCUUUCAUUCUGUUAAGUCAUUUGGAGAUCAAACUUUUGUUUGUAAUAAAUCUGCUUUAUUCAUUAUAAGAAGAAAUGGAAUGAAAGAAUAUAUUCCAAUUGUAAGUAAAAGAGAAAGUGAUAUUUAUAUUGUACUUGGGCAUGAUACUACUAAAGAUGAUUUAUUGAUAACAAUUACUAAUAAUAUUGGAUAUGGAAUCCAAUUUAAUAAUAACACAGUUCAUAUUAUUGGUGAUAUUCGAAAUGUAUUUAAUGAAAUAAAAUAUAAUAGUAUGUUAUUAAAUAUAAAUAAUAAUAAUAAUAAUAAUGAUACCAAUAAUAAUACCAGUGAAUACAAAGAAGAAAUAAAUGAAUUAAAGAUUAUGAAAAUUCAUUCAGAUGAUGAUGGAAAACAAUCUUUAAUUGAAUAA